AUGUUUGAUGGUGGAUUCGAUCCCAAGGCGCUCUGCGGCGGUACUAGUACGCUCCAAGUAUAUGAUGGUAGAAGGGAGCUGACCAGUACUGAGAUUUGUCAUUCCUGGUACUCUAAUGGUAGGGAAUCUUCUGUUGAUCAAGCUUUACAACUUCUUUCCGGUCUCCGUAUAAGUAAAGAAUCGAAGAGUAAGUCGCAGAGAAUGGAUGUGGUUGGUAUCUUUGUCAGUCCCGAGAGGAAUUUCGACACAAAGUGCAUGAACCCCCUAGCUGAGAUACUAAACCUAGAACUGCACAGUCCUGAAAUCAUAGGCUUUCCUGAGGGCUCUAUUGCUAUUCCCAUUCAAGUCGAAAUUUGUAAACGUUCUCUAGCACCCCUAUAUUCACCAAAUUAG